AAUUCACAGCUCGUGGCAGCACAGUCUAUGCGAUCGGCUCAAGAAAACUUUGUCGUAGCUCGUACCGUCUAAAUUGUGUACAUUUGUUAAUUUUUGCCCCGAACGAAUUCUCGAGUCCGCCGUUUGUACCUCGCGAUCCAGUCUGGGAAUUUAGUACACCUGCAAAAUGUCCAGCCGGGAAGGAGGUAAGAAGAAGCCCUUGAAGGCCCCGAAGAAGGACUCCAAGGUUAUGGAUGAUGAGGAUGUCGCGUUUAAGCAAAAGCAAAAGGAAGCGCAGAAAGCGCUGGCUGAGGCGGCAAAGAAAGCCAGCCAGAAGGGUCCUCUGGUCACUGGCGGCAUAAAAAAAUCUGGGAAGAAAUGAUUGUAGUAACAAAUGAAACAUGUGAUCUGUGCCCAUAAAUGUUCCGAUUGUAACUAUUAUUUUGAACUUGAUCCGUCAUUACGCCAGACUGCAAUCUUUGUUUUGUCACCCCCUCACUCUUCGAGGAACUUGUAAAUAUUUCAAUAUUAUGUAUAUGUUCUCCAUUAAAUUUUUAUAAACUUAACCACGGGUCUUGUAUAACAGCGUCAAGUGACAGAUUUUAUGUUUUGCAACAAGAACAUUGGUUCACAAAGAGAGCAAAACGAGAGCACGUAUUUAGAUCUAUCAAUCCUUACACACUCAGGACAGUAAAUUAUUCGUUUUGAUCAUUGAACCGUUGCUUUUGUUUAACACUUAAUAAAUGUAUGUGACAAUUG